AUGGACCCUGCUGAAUGCGAUGCACACAGGAAAGCUCAUGCUACUGCCUCACAGCCAGGUCAAGUGUUCAGCCCACCGAUCCCUCUUAUUGACCCCGCAACAGAUGAGCUUUCCCUUGUAGCAAGCCCAGACCAGUCGCUGAUAUGUGGCAGCCACGGACGUGGUCUGUCGGCCCCGCCAUCGCUAUCGCCUAUGAAGCUGGACAUCAAACUCCUCUCCACGCACGAAUCACUCCGCCUUACAUCACCAAAGAAAGCCUCUAAGCCCUUGGCGCCACACCAACUUCAUCGUCACUCUCCACUGAACCCAUUGGCUACCCCGUUCGAUCCCUCGUCAUCGCCUACACAACCACCCGUGUCGAGUCCUCCACUAUCGUUCUCGUCACCUGAUUGGAUAACGUUAGACCCUCCUACAUCGCAGGACGAUAGACUCUCCAUACAUGGAGGAUCUCCGCUAGGCAAUCGUAGCAACACGCCUGACACCAUCCACCAGCCAUCACCCACCAUCCCAUCUCAAUUUACCAUACCCACACAACCUCCAACCUUCUACUCCAACACUGGCAACACAACUCAGGCCCAUCAUCCAUCCAUAUCAACCACAUCAUCAGAGAAAUCGCUCCCGCUACCACCCAUCACAGACGACCAAUCCCCGCAGCUCACUCCCCCAACGACAACCACAUCUCAGCAGCUUUUCAACGACAGGUGCACGAUUUUGGAGACCAUUCGACCCAAACUCGCUAACCUCCGUCGUAUGCUACAAGAUGGAGAUGAGACCCCCACCACAACGCAGACCUCACCACCACAGCCGCUCACAACGCCUAGCUCGCCGUCAAACUCGCCCUCGCAUGCUUCCAACAGUACAUCCCCGUCGGACAACCCUUCACCAGCGGUGACAGCGAUGGGAAGAUAUAUAGAAAUAAACCACUCGAUCUUCACCGACACAGACUCGCACACGAUAAUAGAAGUUGCACCUCCGCUCCCAGUGUCACAACAAACACACCCCCACUAUCCCAGUGUCACAACAGACCCACCCCAACGUCACAACAGACCCACCCCAACGAAGACCUCCGCUAGGCAGAGGAAUUCCACGGGCUAA